UGGUGUACAUAACUUGAGAGUCCUGCCUUUCACUGCCUGGAUCCUUUUAACAGUGUGCCAGAGAAGGACUCCAUGAAAGAUGACAGAAGAAGUUAUUGUUAUUGCAAAGUGGGAUUACACUGCACAGCAGGACCAAGAACUUGACAUCAAGAAAAAUGAGCGUCUUUGGCUAUUAGAUGAUUCCAAGACAUGGUGGAGGGUAAGAAACGCGGCCAACAAAACGGGAUAUGUGCCAUCAAAUUAUGUGGAGCGAAAAAACAGCUUGAAGAAAGGUUCUCUGGUUAAAAAUCUAAAAGACACAUUGGGUUUGGGAAAAACCAAGAGAAAGACAAGUGCACGAGAUGCCUCACCCACUCCUAGCACGGAUGCAGAAUACCCAUCCAACGGCAGCAGCGCCGACCGGAUAUACGAUCUUAACAUUCCAGCCUAUGUGAAAUUUGCCUAUGUUGCAGAGAGGGAGGAUGAAUUGUCCCUUGUUAAAGGAUCCCGAGUGAUUGUUAUGGAGAAAUGCAGCGACGGCUGGUGGAGAGGUAGCUACAAUGGACAGAUUGGCUGGUUUCCUUCGAACUAUGUGGUGGAGGAGGUUGAGGAGGCAACCGCAGAUUCACCGAGCUUUCUCAGCUUAAGGAAAGGCGCUUCCAUGAGUAAUGGCCAGGGCACCAAAGUACUCCACAUUGUUCAGACACUGUAUCCAUUCAGCUCCGUCACAGAAGAAGAGCUCAAUUUUGAAAAAGGGGAAACGAUGGAAGUCAUUGAAAAGCCAGAAAAUGACCCAGAAUGGUGGAAAUGUAAAAAUUCCAGAGGUCAAAUUGGUCUUGUUCCCAAAAACUAUGUAGUAAUCAUUAGUGAUGGUCCUACCAUUAACACUUCCCAUCCGCCUCAGAUAAGCUACACGGGACCAUCUUCUACAGGACGGUUUGCUGGAAGAGAGUGGUAUUAUGGGAAUGUUACCCGGCACCAAGCAGAAUGUGCCCUGAACGAAAGGGGAGUGGAAGGAGACUUCCUUGUUAGAGAUAGUGAAUCUUCGCCCAGUGACUUCUCAGUAUCUCUAAAGGCGUCGGGGAAGAACAAACAUUUCAAGGUGCAGCUCGUGGACAAUGUCUAUUGUAUUGGGCAGCGUCGCUUUAAUACUAUGGAUGAGUUGGUGGAACACUACAAAAAGGCUCCCAUCUUCACCAGUGAACACGGGGAAAAGCUAUAUCUUGUGAAAGCACUUCAGUGACAUUGAAGAUGGACUUGGCCACCUGGGCCUCUUAUAACUCACAAGCCUUAGGUCCUAAAUUCACUUUUAUAGAGCAGAGCAAUAUCUGAAGCAGGCUUACGGAAUAGGCUCUUUCUAAAGUGUUUGCUCUGGUGGUUGCUGUUUGUCCUUUUUUUUUUGUCUGUUCGGUUUUUUUUUAUUUUUUGUUUGCCUCUUUUUGUGUUCCAGUUCUGUUAAUCUCUGACCACCUCUCU